AUGUCACAGUUUCGCGAUACGUUUACGAAAGAUAGUAAAAAAGAGCCAUUAUUAAGCUAUGAUGACUCUGCAUUUAUUUUUUUCGCGGGAACUGUUCUAAUUUGUGUGUUAAUUCCAUGUACAUACAUUUACAUCAAAUCUCUAUUUAACAAAAUUUUCAACAAUGAUAAUAACAAUUUAAAAAAGUCCAAGCACAACAGUGUGUACCGGUCCUGUGCAUGUGCACUAUGUAAGGAAAAAUUAGAGAAGAGAAAUAAAAGCACUACACUAUGGGAAAAGUUAGGAUAUAUAAGAAUAAUUCAAUUUUUUUUGUUGGUGCUAUUCUGGGGAUUGCUGUUUGUCCUGGUGCAGCAGAUGUUGAGUACGAAGCCUAUGCAGACUUUUGACCCGUUCGAAAUAUUAGAAGUUAAUGCAGGUGCAACAGUAGGAGAAAUUAAAAAGGCGUAUAGACUUAAAUCAUUGAAAUACCAUCCAGAUAAAAAUCCUAAUGAUACGUCAGCUGCAGCAAAAUUUAUUUUAAUAACGAAAGCGUAUCAAGCAUUGACGGAUGAAAUAUCAAAGGAGAAUUAUGAAAAGUAUGGAAAUCCAGAUGGGCCUGGUAUGAUGAAAGUAGGAAUUGGUUUACCCAAAUUAUUAAUAGAUGAAAAAUAUCAGUUGUUAAUAUUAUCCAUUUUUUUCUUAAUAUUUCUGGUCUUCAUUCCGGCCGCUUUUAUUAUAUAUUACCAAAGACAAAAACAGUAUGGGCCCAAUGGGGUCAAAAUUGAAACAUUGCAAUAUUUAACGUACACUAUAAAUGAAAAUAGUAGAGCAAAGGCAUAUCCAGAAAUGCUCGCGGCUACGGCAGAAAGUAGGGAUAUCGAACUUCGUGAGGAGGAUGAUCAAUAUGUGAAGAAAAUGAUAGAAGAAUUAGUAGAGCCAAAAAAGAGAAGCUUCAAAAUACCCGUGAUAACGAAAAAUUACUUUUUAAUAUUAGCCCACAUGCAAAGAAGGUAUGAUUUAUUAUCAGAAGAAAUGAGAGAAGAUUUAAAAAAAAUUCUUCAAUUUUCUCUACUCAUAACACAUUGUAUGAUAGAAAUUAGCAUUUUAAGGGAUUGGUUUUUAACAGCACAGGCUGCCUUAACAUUUAGAAGAUGCCUCAUACAAGCCCUUGACAUUAGAAGUUCAAGUUUGUUGCAAAUUCCUCAUUUUACUGAAAAUAUAAUUAAACAUGUCCAUAAGGGAAAAUUAGCGGUGAAGGAAAUCCUAGAUUUUGUACAUCAAAGUCAUGAGUCCAGAAAGGGACUAAACGAAAUGACGGAUGAAGAAAUUUUGGAUGUCAAAUCAUUUUGCAAUGUUGUUCCGGAUAUUAAGAUGACUGCAAGAAUUUUGGUGGAAGAUGAGACUCAUAUUGUGAAGGGAGACGUGGCUUCGAUUUACAUACAUAUUGAUAGAACCAAUUUACAUGAAAAUGAAGCAGCUGGUUAUAUCCAUGCGCCUUUCUUUCCUCAACCCAAAUUUGAAGAAUGGUGGAUUGUGGCUACCUACAAGGGAGAUGAUCGUAUUUUAAAAUAUAUACAUGUAAAAAAUUGUGAAAAAACAAUUGAAGAAAAGUUACAAUUUAUGGUAGAUAGGGUAGGUAAUUUGUGUGUGUCCAUUUACAUCCUCAGUGACUGCUAUUUUGGAUGUGAUAAGAAAUUGGACUUGCCAUUCAGAGCCUACUCGCAAACGGAAAUAAAGAGAGAAAUUUUCGUGCACCCAGAAGACAUCGAGUUGGACAAUGAGCCAACCCUGUUCCAACAAAUGAUUGGGGAUAUUGGCGGAAGAAACGACAGCAGUGAUGAAGAGGAAGCCGGUGCCGGUGGAGACCCAAAUAAAAGGAACAGCUUCACACAAGGCGGCACCGGGGCGCGUAGGAACAGCCAUAGCAACCAAACGAGCAGUGCGGGAAACGCCGGCAAUGCUAACAGUAAUAAUAAUGACGGCGGCCCGAUGCCGCACGAAUCCCACAAAGUCGUGUCAAGGGAUCACGAACAUUACGUGCCGGACGAUGACACGAACGAUGAUUCGGCGGAGGAGGAGGAUGAUGAAUAG